AUGAAGGCGCCCGUGGAGCGAGGACCGAAUAGAAACUGUGCCCCAAAGCAGCACCCCCGCUCCUCUCACUUCCUUGCUAUGCGCUACAACAUGGGCAUCACCACGCCACAUCCUGACAACAUAGGCCUGUCCGCAGAGCGGGCACAGGAAGGAAAAGAGCGCCUGAUGUCAACCUGGACCCAGUCGACUACCGCCAAUGCCCAGUCGCUCAUCGAGGACGACUCCGAUGUCGCUAUCGCUGUCAUGGGUGCGACAGGCAGUGGAAAGACAACAUUCAUCAACUUAGCUAGUGGUUCCAAUCUCCGGAUCGGAAGAGGUCUCAUAUCCUGUACCAAUGUGGUCCAAGUCGCAGAGGCAUUCGAGCUAGGUGGCCGCACGGUGACUCUCAUCGACACACCAGGAUUCGACGACACCACCAAGAGUGACGCCGAUAUUCUUCGCAUGAUUGGUCUAUUCCUGGCGACAACAUACCAGCAGGGAAAAAAGCUGGCGGGCGUCAUCUACAUCCACCGCAUCUCCGACUUCAGGAUGGGCGGAAUAUCCACGCGCAACUUCAAGAUGUUCCGUGAGCUCUGCGGCGAGUCAACGCUCAAGAACGUCGUUAUCCUCACGAACAUGUGGGGUGAAGUCAGCCGCGAGGUCGGUGAGGCGCGCGAAGAGGAGCUCGCGACCCAGGACAUGUUCUUCAAGCCCGUGCUGCAGAAGGGGGCCCAGCUCCUGCGCCACGGGAACACUCGGGAGUCGGCGCACUUGGUCCUUCGACACAUCAUCGAGAACCGCCCGCUCUCGCUCCAGAUCCAGCGCGAGCUUGUCGACCAGAAGAAAGAUAUCUCGCAGACCGCCGCUGGGGCGGAGCUCAACAAGGAGCUCAUGCUGCAGAUCCAGAAACACCAGAAGGAGAUGAAGCAGCUUCAGAAGGACAUGGAGGAGGCCAUCCGGACCAAGGACGAGGAGACCAAACGCGAGCUUGAGAUCGAAACGAAGAAGCUGCAAGCAGAGAUGAGCCGAGUCCAAGCAGACGCGCAGAACCUCGUCUCAGAAUAUAGCAAAGAGAAGGCGAAGAUGGAGGAACGCAUGAAUCAGUUUGUUGAGCAGUCUCGCAUCGAUGCAGAGAAUGCAGCACGAGAACACGAGCAGCAGCUUGCGGCCGUUCGUACGCAGCUGGAGCAGAGCUCGUCGGCGUCCGCAGCGGAGAGGGCCAAGCUUGAGUCAAAGCUGGUGGCAUUGCAGAACAUGCCCCGUAGGCGAAGGGGAGGCCUCUUCGGUGCAGUGGGAAGUUUCAUCGACGGCCUCUUUGGUCUUUGA